UAGACGCUGGUCAGUGAAAGCGCAGGCUCAAUCCAGCAUGUGUAACAAAUCUCGAGCUGCCGAAGCUCACUAAAAAUGUCCUAUUUAUGUUACCGGUUCGCUUCUCGGCAGCUUUUCUCAGCAUGCAGAGCCUCUAAGAAUCCCCUGUUGUCGUAUGUACCGCGCAGAUGGGCAACAAAUGGUCAGAUUCCACCGUUGAAUGAAGCUCUGCCAAACGUCCCUCCGCCACCUUCAGGGAUCACAGAGCAAGUGAAGUGGACGCGGGAUCACCACGAGACACAUGUCACCACGCUGCCGAACGGCAUCAAAGUCGCAUCCGAGGAGUCCUUUGGGCAAUUUUCAACUGUCGGAGUUGUUAUUGAUGGAGGGUCUAGAUAUGAGGUUGACCAUCCAAAUGGUGUUACUCAUGUGAUAGAGAAGAUGGCAUUUCAGAGCACGGCCAAGUUCCCCAGCCAUGAUGACAUCAUGCAGGAGCUGGAGCCAGUAGGUGGAAUGGCAGACUGUACUUCAUUCAGAGAUGCCAUAGUUUAUGGUACAUCAAGUUUUACAAGUGGUCUCCCGCUAGCCGUGGAGGUGCUGUCUGAGGCUGUGAUGCGGCCACAAAUUACAUCACAAGAGGUUGAUGAACAAAAGAUGUUGGUGCAAUUUGAGCUUGAGAAUCUUGAGAUGCGUCUUGACCCAGAACCUAUCCUAACUGACAUGGUGCAUGCAGCGGCGUAUAGGAAUAACACCCUUGGAUUCCCCAAGCUCUGCCCUCCCCAGAACCUGCCAGUCAUCAAUAGAGAGACCAUAAUGGAGUUCAUGAAGACGUAUUACCAGCCGGACAGAAUGGUUAUUGCUGGCGUCAACGUGGACCAUGAGCAGCUAGUUGAGUUGACCAAGAAACACUUCACAGAUAAGCCAUCUUGGCACACCGAGGGGGCCUCUGUGACUCCGCCCGACCACUCAAUAGCUCAGUACACAGGUGGCAUUAUCACUGAUCACACUGCAGAACCACGUGUAAACCCAGGGCCCACGCCGCUACCAGAGUUGGCGCAUGUCUCUAUCGGCCUGGAGAGCACCUCCUACGAUGACCCAGACUUCUUCGCCUUCACUGUCCUCAACAUGUUGAUGGGAGGGGGUGGGUCUUUCUCGGCUGGGGGUCCUGGGAAGGGCAUGUACUCGCGUCUAUACCUGAAUGUACUCAACAAGUACCACUGGAUUUACUCGGCCACAGCGUAUAACCACAGUUACAGCGAUAGCGGAAUGUUCUGUAUCCAUGCGAGUGCACACCCAACACAGUUGAGAGACCUUGUUCAAGUUCUCGUUAAGGAAUAUUUCAGUCUCACAAAGGGCUUAAUCUCAGAGGUGGAGCUAGCCCGCGCCAAGAAGCAGCUUCAGUCAAUGCUUAUGAUGAAUCUCGAGUCGCGUGUCAUCGUGUUUGAGGACAUUGGCCGCCAGGUCCUGGGUCUAGGAGAGAGAAGGUCAGCUGGCGAGCUGUACGAAUGUAUUGAAAACGUCACGAUGGAUGACAUCCUUCGAGUGAGUUCCCGGAUGUUAGCGUCCAAGCCCUCGGUCGCGGCCUUCGGAAACCUGACAUUCCUGCCCAAGUAUGAAGACAUAAGUGCAGCCUUUAUCAACAAGGGAACACUAUCGGCAAAAUCGCGAUUCACACUUCCAUUUAGGACUCGCUAGGUGAUUCAACAGUGUUGGGCCCCCAGUGUUUCGGCAAGUGACGCCUUUUCAAUCUAAGUCACCUGACUAUAGAGACGGCAGGCCUUGUUAAAGGGGUCAUGCCACGUGACCUAACCCAUAAGCUCCGGGCUGCUGGGUUUCCUUCUCUAAGAAGGUUUAUAUAACGGGACAGUGUAUUAUUCAGAUUUCUCUUUUACAAUGUUUCCCAUUCUAAUAUGGACAUGGAGCAAGAAUAUUAUCCAGGUGAAGCCCUUGUUCUGUCUUUUAGGACUCAGACCCAAGGGUUAGACUUCAACAAUGUAUCCAAGGACUCACACCUUAGGGUCAGACUUGAACGAUAUGCAAGGACCCAGACCUUAGGGUUACACUUGAACAAUAUCGAAGGACUCAGACAUUAGGGUUACACUUGAACGAUAUCCAAGGACUCGGACCUUAGGGUCACACUUGAACGAUAUCGAAGGACUCAGACAUUAGGGUUACACUUGAACGAUAUCCAAGGACUCGGACAUUAGGGUCAUACUUGAACGAUAUCCAAGGACUCGGACAUUAGGGUUACACUUGAACGAUAUGCAAGGACUCAGACCUCAGGGUUACACUUGAACGAUUUAGGAAUCAGUAAUUAGGGUCAGACUUGAACGAUAUCCAAGGACUCGGACAUUAGGGUUACACUUGAACGAUUUAGGAAUCAGUAAUUAGGGUCAGACUUGAACGAUAUCCAAGGACUCAGAUCCUAGGGUCAGACUUGGACGAUAUCCAAGGACUCGGACCUUAGGGUUACACUUGAACGAUAUCCAAGGACUCAGACAUUAGGGUUACACUUGAACGAUAUCCAAGGACUCGGACCUUAGGGUUACACUUGAACGAUAUCCAAGGACUCGGACAUUAGGGUCAUACUUGAACGAUAUCCAAGGACUCAGACAUUAGGGUUACACUUGAACGAUAUCUAAGGACUCGGACCUUAGGGUUACACUUGAACGAUAUCCAAGGACUCAGACAUUAGGGUUACACUUGAACGAUAUCCAAGGACUCGGACCUUAGGGUUACACUUGACCGAUAUCCAAGGACUCAGACAUUAGGGUUACACUUGAACGAUAUCCAAGGACUCAGACAUUAGGGUUACACUUGACCGAUACCCAAGGACUCGGACAUUAGGGUUACACUUGAACGAUUUAGGAAUUAGUAAUUAGGGUCAGACUUGAACGAUAUCCAAGGACUCAGAUCCUAGGGUCAGACUUGGACGAUAUCCAAGGACUCAGACAUUAGGGUUACACUUGACCGAUAUCCAAGGACUCAGACAUUAGGGUUACACUUGAACGAUAUCCAAGGACUCAGACAUUAGGGUUAGACUUACACGAUAUCCAUACUUAGACCUUAGGGUCAGAUUUGAACGAUAUCUAGGACUCACACCUUAGGGUCAGACUUGAACGAUAUGCAACGACUCAGAGCUCAGGGUUACACUUGAACGAGUGCAAGGUUUCAGACCUCAGGGUUACACUUGACCGACAUCCAAGGACUCAGACAUUACAUUAUCUUCAGACUUGAACGAUAUCAAAGGACUCAGACAUUAGGGUUAGACUUUAACGAUAUCAAAGGACUCGGACAUUAGGGUUACACUUGAACGAUUUAGGAAUCAGUAAUUAGGGUCAGACUUGAACGAUAUCCAAGGACUCAGAUCCUAGGGUCAGACUUGGACGAUAUCCAAGGACUCGGACCUUAGGGUUACACUUGAACGAUAUCCAAGGACUCAGACAUUAGGGUUACACUUGAACGAUAUCCAAGGACUCGGACCUUAGGGUUACACUUGAACGAUAUCCAAGGACUCGGACAUUAGGGUCAUACUUGAACGAUAUCCAAGGACUCAGACAUUAGGGUUACACUUGAACGAUAUCCAAGGACUCGGACCUUAGGGUUACACUUGAACGAUAUCCAAGGACUCAGACAUUAGGGUUACACUUGAACGAUAUCCAAGGACUCGGACCUUAGGGUUACACUUGACCGAUAUCCAAGGACUCAGACAUUAGGGUUACACUUGAACGAUAUCCAAGGACUCAGACAUUAGGGUUACACUUGACCGAUACCCAAGGACUCGGACAUUAGGGUUACACUUGAACGAUUUAGGAAUUAGUAAUUAGGGUCAGACUUGAACGAUAUCCAAGGACUCAGAUCCUAGGGUCAGACUUGGACGAUAUCCAAGGACUCAGACAUUAGGGUUACACUUGACCGAUAUCCAAGGACUCAGACAUUAGGGUUACACUUGAACGAUAUCCAAGGACUCAGACAUUAGGGUUAGACUUACACGAUAUCCAUACUUAGACCUUAGGGUCAGAUUUGAACGAUAUCUAGGACUCACACCUUAGGGUCAGACUUGAACGAUAUGCAACGACUCAGAGCUCAGGGUUACACUUGAACGAGUGCAAGGUUUCAGACCUCAGGGUUACACUUGACCGACAUCCAAGGACUCAGACAUUACAUUAUCUUCAGACUUGAACGAUAUCAAAGGACUCAGACAUUAGUGUUAGACUUUAACGAUAUCAAAGGACUCGGACAUUAGGGUUAUACUUGAACGCUAUGCAUAGGUCCGGACCUGAGGGUUAGACUUGAACGAUACCCAAGGACUCAGACCUAAGGGUCAGGCUUAAACGAUAUCUAAAGACUCAGACCGUUAUACUUGAACGAUAUCCAAGGAAUCAGACCUGAGGGUUUCGACACUGGGAAAAACAGGGAAGCUAGGAUAUCUUUUUUUUUUAAUUCCUUCCCCCUAAUUCGUGAAGCAAUCAAAAUAUCGUAAAAGUAUUUUAGAAUAGAAGCCGGGCUCAGAUUUUGUGAUUAAUAAAGAUUUGUAUAUAUCAUC